AUGGGACUGAUGAAAAGUUUAGUUUCUGCCAGUUUAGUUGUGAUUUUUCUCGCUGUAUUAAUCAACAAUGCCUUGAAACCACCGGCCGUUCCAAAAAUCGAAGCAACAUGGUGGGGUCCAGGGGAACCUUCAAAACAAGACAAAUCCAUAAGGCCGUUUACGAUUAAUAUUUCGGAAAAAGAAAUUCAAGACCUAAAUCACAGACUAGACUUCCAUAGACCUCUUACACCUCCUUUGGAGGGCACCCAUCAACAAUACGGCAUGAACACAAACCUACUCAAAGAAAUAAUCGAAUUCUGGAGGAAAGACUACAAGUGGAAGGAACGAGAAGCCUAUUUUAACAAAUUCCCUCAAUUUAAAACCAACAUACAAGGUCUGGAUAUCCACUACCUCCACGUUAAACCAAAAAAAAUCGAAGGAGUGAAAGUGUUACCUCUCAUUAUACUCCACGGAUGGCCAGGUUCAGUGCGGGAAUUUUUGGAGAUAAUACCGAUUUUGACGACCCCCAAGAACGGGAUUGUUUUUGAGGUUGUGGCCCCGCACAUUCCUGGGUAUGGGUUUUCGCAAGCCGCUGUAAGGCCAGGAUGUGGUGCUGCCCAAAUAGCAGUGGUGAUGAAAAACCUAAUGCAUAGACUAGGUUUCUCGAAAUUCUAUGCCCAAGGAGGGGAUUUUGGUUCCAUCAUCCUCCAACAUUUGUCGGUACUUCACCCAGAAUCAGUUUUAGGUUUCCAUUCCAACAUGUGCGUGGUAAACACGAAAAAAUCGUACUUAUGGACGUUGCUGUACUCUCUGUAUCCUCAAGGAAUUGUUAAACAAGAGCAUGUCGAUAGAAUGUAUCCCUUAUCGGAAGCAGCAAGAAUUAGAAUACUAGAAACGGGGUAUUUGCAUUUGCAAGCUACAAAACCAGAUACACUGGGGGUAGGUUUGAAUGAUUCUCCAGUUGCUUUGGCAUCUUAUAUUCUGGAGAAAUUUGUGACCGGGACAAACAAGACCUGGCAAGAAAUUCCUCACAAUCAAUGGAAAAAGGACUGGAUUUCCUAUACCAAUAUGCUCGAUAACAUCAUGAUAUAUUGGUGGACCAAUUCUAUGAACACCGCUUUUAGACUGUAUGCUGAGACUUUUAAUAUAAAGCAUAAUGGUUUAGGAAUUAUGGGAAUUCCAAUUCCAGUACCAACGGCUUGUGCUAGAUUCGAAAACGAUUUUUAUGUCGCAGAUGGUCUAGUAGGCGAAGUACAUCCAAAUUUGGUGCAGCUCACUGACCAUCCGGGGGGACAUUUUGCCGCUCUUCAACUACCACAAGUGCUGGCCGAAGAUAUUUUCAGUGCUGUCAAGAUAUUUGAGAAGGUGAUUCACAAAAACUAA